AUGCUUACCUUAGGAUGCCUUUUUAGAAGGCUAUCCCAGGCACAUCGCCCGCGCGCUGGGCAUUGCGCUGCGGAAACGCAGAGGCGAGAAGUGUCUCACGUGAAAGCUUUCAGGAUUAAGGGCUAUCCUUUUGAAAAGGUUAGAGCUCCGAAGACAGAAUGGUAUAAGCGUGCUGAAGCAGCGUUCCUCGCAGAACGUGCACGUGUACCACACGGCCUCGUCGGCCGUUGGCAACCAGAGGACCUCUCAGGGUUGGACCCGCGUAUAACACAGGUUCUAAGCUUGAAAUGUGCAAGUGGAAGGGAAGUGAGACGUGCUAGAACCCUUAUACUUAUGAAACAUUUACAAAAGGAACCAUUUGACACGGGGAGCGCGCCUGUACAAUUGGCUUGUGUGUCUGAGAAGAUACUGAAUUUGAGGGCACAUCUUAUAAGGCACCCAAGGGAUAAUUGCAGAAAGCGAGCUAUGGCCAUAUUGCUCAGCAGGAGGCAUAAACUCAUGAAGCGUCUCUAUAACGAAGACUUCACGCUGUACCAGCAUGUGUGCAAAAUACUAAAGCUAAAAUGUGUUCUAUUCUCUGUGCCCGACUCAAGGAACAGGGCAAAGGCAACUAAUACCAUCGGAGUUGAUGGCGACAUUUGCAAGUUCCUGAUUAGGCAGAAACUAUGGUGGGGGAGGUUCAGGCCGAGGCCGAUAGCGCUGCCAUCUGGCAAGAAAGUUGCAUACACCCGGCAUCCUAUGGAACCACCGCCACCGGACCUUAACAAGCCGAAGGCGCACAAAGACGAGGUGACCCCGGCGUGGCCAUAUGGAGUUUCUUCCCAAAGGAUCGCAGGGAGAUACGUCAUAUACAACCCUACAGCACCUGGAGCUGGAUACUGUCCGGUACCCAUCUUAUUUUAG